AUUAUUUAUUGUAUUGGCAACCCUCAUGCACUUUUAUAUCUCAAAACAUACGACAUGAAUUUGGUCAAACUUAUUGAAGCGGUAAAAAAACAUAAGAAUAUUUACAAAAAUUUAAGUGACACUGGAGCACGUAGUUGUACCAAGGAUUGGCAAAUAGUUGCCAAAGAUUUACAAAAUGCAAUGAAUUGCGACGUUACAGCAGCCGAAGCACAAGAUCAAUGGAAUGGCGUAUUAUUGGCCUAUUACGAAUAUUUGCGAGGUAAUCAAGAUUUUGCUUUGGCCAAGCAUAUGGACUUUUUGCAACCAUAUUUGUUUACCAUGAUAGACGAUCACAUUAACGAAGAAGAGCUAACAAAUAUUGUAGAAGACGAAGAAAAUGUCAACAGCACGCAUACUAACAAAGAACCAAAAGAUGAGACUGAGGGGUACGAUGGCAAUGAAACGGGUGAUUUAGCCCAAACGAUCCGUAAAGACCCCUUAAAUGAUAUUCUUAUAAAGCACCAGAUAGUACAGCCAAUGGAAGAACGAGUUGAAAAACCAAAAGACAGUGCUAAAAAUGACAUAGUUAUCACCGAAUCUUCAGCUGAAGAUUCUGAAAAAGGUGUACUUCUUCCUUCCGACAAAGCAUCUGCAGCACAGCAACAACAGACUGAUGUAAAUACUGAAAAAGCUAAAGACACAAUUGAAAAGCCAUCAGUGUAUCCAGAGAAAAUAAUCGCUGCACCAAGAAAUACAUCAUCUCAAAACGAUUCUUCCUUCAGCAAUUUAAGCUCGAUGGAAUUAAUAUUCUUAGGCUAUGCCAAACAAUUACAGAAAAUGCCUUUAAAGCUUCAAUUGAAGACAAAGCGUAAAAUUGCUGAUAUUAUGGAAGAUGCAGAGCUAGCAAUGAUGGAAGAGGCAUAGUAAACAAAUUGUAUUGUGUAUGAACUUAAGAAAAAAAGCUAAAAUCGAUAAA